AUGGCACCUAUCUCUGAUCAACUCUUGUUCACAUGGGGGAGAUCAAGUCCAACAUUAGACCGGGAGACACAGUGGAUCUGUAAAUUGUGUGCUUGUUCCAGUUUCAGAGGAAUGGGAAGCAUAAUUCUCCAAAGGACUCGUGGAUCUAACCAAUCAACUUCAAAAGUGAACCCAGAAAUAUUGAAACGCCUUUUGAGGCUUCACAAAUACCCUCCGAUAUAA